AGCUCGGUGCUGGAGCAGUCUGCACCCACUGGCUGGCCAACGUCCUGGCACAGACUCGCCUGGAGAGAGUGGGGGGAGGAAAUGAGUGAGGGAUCUUCUGAAAGGUAGAACAUUUUCUAUAUUGAUGUGCAGAAGAAAUACAGGGUUUGUUGGGGAAAAGUUUAAACAAAGGAGGUGUUUAAAGAAAAGUACAAGUACUCUAUUUCCCAGGUGUCUGCUGUCAUUGGGCUUUUUUUAGGGCUUUAUUUUUACCACCAGGACUGUGUUCCUGACAAGUCGGCCCAGAGGCUUGCAUCUGCUAAUACACUAGUGUGUUACGGGGUUUUUUUUUUGUGGGAUUUUUUUGGUGUGGACAUGGCCAUGGCCAAGACGAACCUCAAAUUGGACCAUAUGGCUCUUGGCGAAAUCUCUGAGGAUGACGAGGAGGUGGUUUUGGUCACAGCGGCAGCCAAACCGUCAUUAACUACUCCAGUGUCCAACCGCAAACAUAUAGAGGAUGAUGACGACGACGACAAUGAACCGUCCAAAGAAGUGGAUCUGAAGCUGGGACUGGACAACAGUGACUCCCAGAAAUCAGAGGCUCAAGCUACAGGCAUGAUGGUCCUGGCUCUCUUGGACAAGAUCAUCGGCGUUGUGGAUCAGAUCCAGCAGACGCAGAACGGCCUGGAGUCCCGACAGGAGAGCAUGGAGAAGAACAUGACGAGCAUCCGGAGUGAGAUGACCAAGCUAGCCAAGAGCCAGGGUGGCACAUCUGACACGACCACCAAGCUCCUGGAGAAGGUGCGCAAGGUGAACUUCAACGUGAAGAGCGUACGGGCCGAACUGGAGAAGCAGGCAGGUCAGAUUAAGAAGCUGGAGAGCAAUGAGCAGGAGCUGCUGAAGAGGAAGAAUUUUAAAGUGCUCAUCUUCCAGGAUAAAGAAAAGCCAGCGAAGACCACUAAGACACCCGAGGCAGCGGUAAGCGAGGAGGGUGAACAUGUGGUGAGUGAGGGAGAGGAAGCAAAAGACACGGAUGAAGUGGUUAAGAAUGAGGAAACUGUGGAGAAAUCACGGGUGGUGCGCUUGAAGCGCAGCGGCCUGCAACGUGUGGAUGAAAUCAAGAAGGUCUUCAGCAAGGAGCAGAUGGAGAAGACCAAGCAGCGAACCAAAGAGAACCUAGAGAAAACCCGUCAGAGAACCAAGGAGAACCUGGAGAAGACGCGUGUGAGGACCCGCGAAAACUUUCAGAAGACCAGGGUGAGCCUCGGGAAGAAGAUGGGGAAGCUAGGAACGAAGAUCAGACCCAACAAGGAGCGCAAAGAGAAGAUCCGUGCGUCUCGUGACAAGGUGAAGCAGUCGCUCAAAUCCGACAGCAAGGUCUACGCCCGCUCGGAGAUCACCACUUACCGAGUGCCGCCGUUCACCUUCUACGUGAAGAAGAUCCGCGAGGGCGAGGUAGAGCCAGAGCCUGAAGACGAGCCUGAGGAUGAAGCGGAAGAGCUGCAAGUGGAGGACAAGGAGGAUGUCGAGGUGAAGGAGGCCAAGCUGGUGAAUCUGAGCAGCCCUGAGGAGGUUCUGCUUGAGGCAGCGGAACAGUCGCAACUCGUAAUCCAGGAUUCGGUGCAGCCACAGGAGAAAGCAAGUCAAUGAAGCCAACGCAGGAGGCCCUCGUCUGGAAAAAAAAAAAAAUCGUGUGGAAAUCUGGAGCUGAAAACGAAGGCUACGUGAAUGUAUACACAGAUGUGACAGUGAAGAGUAAAAGUGAUGAAUGAUGACGAGGCAGAAAAGCAUGUUGGAGCAUGUUUGAGGAACAAACUCAUUCACAUUAAGUUCUUUUUUUAAACAUCACCUUCAGGUGGUUGUUUCUAAUUGCAGUCUGUACGCUUUCGAGAUUCGACUGACGAUUAGCUGGUGACUUUUAUCGAGGCGUUCCAGGGCGCUUUCACAACGUCAUUCUGUUAAUCCGAAUAAGAGCAAAAGUGACACUUUUGCUUCAAUUAAUAAACUCAACAAAAAUAAAAACUUUACACUCGUUUCAAAGUCAAUAAUUUGAACAUUUUGGAAAAUAGGUUUGAAAUAACGACUGUAUUCAAUUAUCUUGUCAUUAAAGAUGCUAUAGCAUACAGAUCAUGUUUGUCAUGGAAUCGGUUCCACCGGAAAUGCGACGACAAUGUCCAUGAUCAAAAACUGUGAUUCACAACUUAAUGCAGAGCAGAGCGCAGGCGAUUUCGAAUGGUUUGGGCAGUCACUCGACCUCCAAACAAUUCAUUCCCAGUGGAUGUGGCAGUGACAAACCGAUUACGCAAAUGACAUAAGACAAUCUGUCGGUCUUCUGCGUGUGAUGUCACACGUGGUCGACCAGGACGGGGGCGGUCGGCUGUGGUGCCAGUUUGAUGGAGACGUGUCUGGAGAUUAUGGAUGGUCUGUCGACUGCAUCCCAUAACCCUCGCAACGUCAGUGACGGAUGUUCCCGUAUUCAGCAUGCCAAUGGCACGUUCACGCUGAAUGUUUGACAGUCGUGGCAUUGCAAAUUAACGAAUAAUUAACCAUAAAACCUUGUUUCUCUGAGAUGACACUCUACUCUGCUACCGUGAGAUCAAUUGCACGUGUAUCAAUAGGUCACGUCACUUGUGUCACGCGGAAACGUGAUUUUAGCAUACAGUGCUCUCGCACGUGCUACGUAGGCCCGACCAGUAGAAUGAAUGUGUGACGUAAUGCCCUUGACAAUGCAUUUAACCAUAAUCACAACAAGAACUCUUUCAAGAAAAGUUUCUAAACACUAUUUGAAAAAUAAUGAGUGUCAAGUUUUUAUUUUUGCUGAGUAUAUUUGGUUUGGUUGCGAUUUCAGAUUGGAUGGAAUUCAAGAAGCAAAAAAACAAGGCGUGUUGGACUGGAAAUGAGAACCAGCACGAAAUAAUAAAUCAUUUAAAUAAUUAGUCUUUUUGUUUGCAGGACACAACAAACCACCUCACGCUUCUGCAGUUCCACCAUUUAGCUCAGUUUACGCAUCGUGGCUUCAAUCAGCAACAUAAAAUUGGACCGGUUGUUUUGGUCCAAUCUGAGUGCCCAUGCUAUGUUCUGACCCACACAAACAGAACGCACCAACGGUUCAGUCCACCUGGGCGUAUGUGAAAGCACCCUACAAGUCUUGCGUCUUUAAAGACUGCAGUUAGAAACCUCUGCUCAAGACAGUUGUAAUUUGAACCACAAUCCCUAAAGACUUUUACAAGCAUUCGCAAAACGUCGGCAUGGACGUCAGGCUUGAGCAUCGAUUUGGACUUGGAUAUGUCAUGUGAAUUGACCAAUAACCAGCUGAUCACUGAGAGCUCUUCGAACGUUGGGGUUAAUAUUUGCUCCAAACGUUUUAUGCAUAAUUGUAAAUCCGUUUGUGAGUUUUGUAAUCCGUAGCCAAGUUUUCACUUUUAAUUCUGCUUUUAUUUGGGAACUAAACUGACAAAUGUGAUCUUGCGCCAAUAUAAAUAAGCUAACUAAAAAAGUAUUUUAAUUCUAGCUGCGUUCCAGAUUAACAAGAACCCGAAUGCCUAUCAUUUGCUUCGUAAAAGUUAGCGUACCCUUUUCUGUUGUGCAGAUUGACUCUUGAGUCUAAUCACGCUGGAAGAGUGGAAUGGGAAUGAUACAAUCCUAUAAUGAAAAUGGCAAAAGAAGAAUGAAAGAAUACUGAAUAACCAAAUCUGUUUCUUCUUAAACAUUUGGAUUUUUUCGUUGGACAGCCAAUGGGCCUCAUUCAUCAAACUUUGCUUCUUUUUUUUUUUUGUGCAUCCCAAAACCCGAUCUGACAAAAUUAAGAACAUUCCAAGUCUGAUUCAUGAUCUGUUUGUUUUUAGCCCCAUCUAAAUCUUCAUGAAUUGCACUUGAUCAUUGAUUGCAUGUGUUUUCCAGUCGUUGGUUAGAAUAGUUCAUCUCUGAUAAACAUAUGUGGCAUGAACACAUAAGAACAUGAUGACACUCAAAGAUGGAAAAAUAAAAAUCUAAUCCAUAAUUUCCCUUUUACCCCCAAUCCCAAGAUGUGUUUGAUGCCCCUUCAGAUUUCCAUUAAAGCAACAAUGACAACGUUAACAAGUAACAGGGAAAGAUUAUAGCUACAGUUUAGGGCUGUCUAAAUAUAUUUGCGUGACUUGUUAGUGAAAUUAACGCAUCUUGGAUGAUCAAGUACUUUUAGGAUACAUAGGGGUUUGAAUUUUUCACCUUCGAGUCGUUCCUUUCAGAAAAUGUUUAUUUAAGCAGCAGAAUGGAGUCACAGGCGCAUUCUAAACAAGACCAUGGAAGGAGGAAGGAUGUGUGUGGGUGUGUGUAUGUGUUGCCCAGCCACUUUUAUGUACAACUCAGGUUAAUGCUUUAUAUCAGGGGUUUUCAAAGUGUGGGAGAGUCAGCCCCCCCUCAGAGAGCAAAUAAACAACAGCGCCCCCUCACAAUUUUUGUUGUUGCUAUAUUUAAUGUUCCAUUUGUAUUUUUAAAAAAAUGGUUGUUGUACACAUUUUUAUUUUUUUCUUUUACACAUUUUAAACAUCUGUGCUUUUUAAAACAUCUUUUUUUUACACAUUUUAAACAUCUGUGCUUUUCUUUUUAAAACAUCUUGUUUUACACAUUUUAAACAUCCCAUAGCAUUGUUAGCUAGCACCUCUUGGCAGACAACACACUGUGGCAGUGGAGCAUCUUCAGAUCCAGUCCAUGAAAAUCCAAACUUUAAAUAAUCGUGGUCAUACUUCCUUCUUUUUUCAGUCCCCCCAGGAUUCCGCGGGCCUUUUUUGUGAUUGUUGCAGGCUAAAAUGUCUGAUGUUGCGGGGGGGGGGUUUCCAAAAAAUUGCGAUGAAAGUUGCGGUGUUUUUUAGGUUUUUGUUGCGAUUACAUCGCGGGAGGAAGUGAAAGUUGCGAGAAAUUGUUGCGAUUUUCUCUUUUUGUGAUUAAAAUUGAGUGAUAUGUUAAAUAUUAAGUUAUUACCGAAAAACUAUUGAUUAAAAAAACAAAGACACUGAGAAAUGGUCCUAUAAACAACUUUACCAAUAUAAAAGAUUACCAGGACUACAAAAAUGCCGAAAAAUAGGCUUUACUUAUUCAAAUGCACCUGUUGGUUCAAAAGUUAAAGUGCAGAGAACCUCACAGCACAACAUGAAGUUACCUUAAAAUAUAAUAUAAAUGCCUCAGCUUUCAUGGAAGAAAAACACUAUUAAUACUAGUACUGUGUGCAGGCAGUCUCUCCUGAAGACUAAAUUAAACAAUAAUUAUAAACUAAUAAAAUAAAUGGCUCAGGCUUCAUAGAAGAAAAAAAAAACAAUUUGAACAGAAUCUCACAGUAUGAUGCUGAAGCUGCCUAAACAAUGAAAAAUAAAAUACCAUUUUGGCAAAAAUGUUGGCAUCCAUUAAUUUCUUGUAUUAAGUAAAAAAUAAUGUAAAGUGCACACAGUCCUUCACUGUAAACAUAACACACUUUCAGUAACAGAAUUUAAGCCUAUAUAAACACUGACUCGCACAUCAUGCAAUGUUGCCAGAUACUGCUGACGUUUUCCAGUCCAAAAUAUGUUCAAAACCCACCAAAAUGCACUUAAAACCGCCCAAUCUGGCAACACUGCGCACAUGCUGUUUGUCGACGUCACCUCAAGACAACGCCAACAAUUGGUCAAAUUUGCGGGAAAGUUGCGGUGAUUGGAUAUAAUUGCAACACCGCCCUGAAUUCGCGGGGAUUGGUUGAAUUUGCGUUGAAGUUGCAAAUCGCAACAUCGUGAAAUCCUGGAGGGUCUGAUUUUUUGCUUGGCCCAGACUCUGUCUCCUCACUCUCUGUAGCUUUAGGUACUAAAAAUCGAUCCAUUUUGUCUCUGGUAAAGGCUAGCUGAACUUCGCUAAAUGUCCGCAAUAGUAACUUAUUCUGGUUUAUGUUUCCUCACGUUGCGCCCCCCCUGAAGAACUCUGGUGCCCCCCAGGGGAGGCGCGCCCCACACUUUGAAAAGCCCUGCUUUAUAUUAAUGGCGUCUAACCUGACAUUGUUUAAGACAUUAAUUAACAUGAACAGUAAGAAACAUUAAACAAAGUAACAAACACCUGCAUCCAGGUUCGAGCCCCGUGGCUGGCGAGGGCCUUUUUGUGCAGAGUUUGCAUGUUCUCCCCGUGUCCGCGUGGGUUUCUUCCGGGUGCUCUGGUU